AUGUUCUACUCCAGUCAGCACCUCAAGGACUCUCACAACAAUAGCCUGCAAAGACGUGGCGUUUCUUCUGAAGAAGAGGAGGGGGAGGUGGAUAGCGAGGUGGAGUUGCCACGGAGACGACGGCCGGUCAGCAUGACCAAGUGUCAGUCCCUCUCCACCUUCAGCUCCGAGAACCUGUCAGUGUCGGACGGCGAGGAGGGGAACACCACCGACCACUCCCACAGCGGCACGCCCGACGUGGUCAGCACUAACACAGACGAGCGGCUGGACGACAAGAGCGACGACCUCCUCUCCCAGGGAUCGGAGAUCCCGGCGGACCCGGGGCAAGGCUCCGACGGGCUGUCAGAGAAGGAGGCGGCGCUGCGGCAGGUGAAGACCCAGCUGAACACCGGGCAGAACCACUAUGAGGUGGGACCGGAGACAUAGACAAAGAGAGAGAGG